GGAGUUUAUUGCCCUUUUUUUAAAAAAGAAAAAAACUUUUUAUUUAUACUCUAAAUCAUCACAAGAAAGAAACAUAAAGUUGUACUUCCUCAACCAAAAAAAAAAUAAAUUAAUUAAAAAUAAAGUCUCAACUAAAAAAAUAAAUAAAAAUACACCCUUUUGCCUUCCUAUAUAGAGGGUAUAGGAUUAGGAACUCUCAUUUCCUCUCAAACUGACUUCCUGUUUCUUCUUUUAAAUUUUUUCUUCAAACCCAUUUCAGUUUCUUUUUUUUUUUUUAAAUUUAAAUUUAAACUUCACUAAAUUAAUUUUUUUUUAUUUUCAUAACUAAAAAAAACUAGCCAUGGCAGGGCCAGGAAGACAUGAUUGGAAGUAUGUAAAAGAUGAAGAGUUUAAAGAAGCAGAAGUAUGGGAUGUUAUGGAGGAAAUCAAAGAAAAUUCAAGUCCAAAACUCAGAAAACCAUCUAAGAAUUCAUCUUUUAGUGUUAAUCCAAGAAUCAUACCCAAAUCAUCAUCAUCUGAUCAUCAAAAGCAGUCAUCAGCACCUGUGGAUAUUCCUGAUUGGUCUAAAAUUUAUGGUAAGACAUUAAGGAAAAUGAAAAAUGGUUGUACUUCUACUUCAUGGGUUGAUUCUCAUGGGUAUUAUCUUAAUGGUAAUACUUAUCAUCAUCAUCAUCAUAAUGAUAUAAAUGGAUGUUAUGAUGGUGGUUUUUAUGAUGAUGAUGAUGGUAAUGUUAAUGAUGAUGAUGAUGAUGAUGAUAUGGUUCCACCACAUGAGUUUCUUGCUAAGAAACUAGCUAGAAGUCAGAUCUCUUCUUUUUCUGUUUAUGAAGGGAUCGGUAGGACUCUUAAAGGAAGAGACCUUAGUAAAGUAAGAAAUGCUAUUUUAACUAAAACUGGUUUUUUAGAGUAAAUUUUAAACUAUUUUAUUUAAUUUUUGGAGUUUUAUUCACAAAUUUCUUAUCUUUUUUAUUACAUUAUUAUUUAUAUAAUUUAAAUUAUUCGAUCAACUUUUUAAUCUCUAUGUGAUCUGCAAUUUUAAUAUGAGUGGCACAUCAUCCAAUGGCAUCAUGAAAUGAAGUAAAAAAUUAAACUAAACCAUCAUCAUUAUUAUCAUUAUGAUGAAUAUGAUGAUGAUGAUGAAUGUUGUAUCAUUGAUGGAUAAUGAAAUGAGCAUGAUGAGCCAUGGUCAUUAUUGACAUGGUUGUCUGUUUCUUAGUGACAAGGAGGUCCCCAUUUAUGUCCUUUUCAUCUUUUUAAUUACUUAGCUACUUAGCUUAAGGGUGUAAUGUAAUCAUUAAGUAGAAAUGGGAGAUUAAUUUAGGAGUAUUUUUUUUUUCUUUUCUUGUGGUGGGGUUUUCCCAUAGUUGGUGAGUUAAAUCAGUAGAGUUGCCUAGUUUUGUGAUAUUUUGUUUUGGCAACCUCUGAAAUUUUGUUAGGAACAAGUUCUAUUAAAUAUAUAUGAGGAAUAUUUAAUGUGGCUAAUUAAUUAUUAGUAUUUUAUUAGUGUUUUUAUUUGUGUAAUUCAUCUGUUUCAAUUAACUUCAAAGUAUUAUUAUAAAUAUUUAACUAUUAAUGGAGACGAAUUUAAGAAUGUUAAAUAGGUAUCCUAAAUUUAUAAAGAAUAGGAGAGUACUAAUUUAUAGAAUUAGUUUUUUCCAUAUAAUUGUUUAUAGAAAUAUUUGACUUAUCAUAAGGCCAUGUCAGUAAACAAUUUACUAAUUCUAUCUUUUCUUUAUUUUGAAGUAGUUGUUUCAUUGGUUAUUUAUAAUAUAUAUUGCGGUAAAUGCUUGUAUGAAUUGUUUGUCAUAACAACUAAAUAUUGCAAACCUAAAUAUAUAUUUUAGUGGUUCUUCGAAUUGGGCAUGGCAUUGUCCACAAAUGUUUAAAGUAGAAUUGUAGGAAUGUCAUUAUUUUUGUUUGCUUUCUAACAACUGCUGGAUAAAAUCAGCAAAUUUGUGGUACGUUCAGAUUAAUAUACUAUUCAUUAUGUUAUUUUUAUUGAUAGAAGUAUAUCGUAAAAACUGCACAUAGGUACAAUUUUAUGUGUUGGGGAUGUGCUAUGAUGUUUGAUGAAGAAUAAUAAAUAAAUUAAUGCAAAGUAAACUAAAAAAACAGAGUAAGCAAUAACAAUGGCAAAACACAAGAAUAUAUGAGGUAUCUAAUGAUACCUCCCCUAUCUUAUCAUUAAUAUAAACUCAUUUACACUAAUGACUCACCUUGCAAAGCUUUAAGAAUAAUCUCCUAAAGCAAAGAUUGAACCUUUACUUCAAUCUCUCACAAAUAUGCAAAUACAAAGAGGAAGAACUCUUAUGGUGUGAACCUUAGUUUUACCCUCUUGUAUAUGUCUCUCCCUAUGCCCUAAUGAUGUUUUAAGACUCUUUAUAUAGCCCUAAAACAUAUUAGAAUAACCUAGGACAAACGGGCUUAAAGCCCACAAAAAAUGAAACAAAAGAGAAACUGCUGCGCGAAGAGACCUGCUGCUUGCUCGGGUCGAGCUUUCUCGCUUGCCUGGUCCAGCCACUGACCAAUAGCUGCUGUCUGUCUCUUCUUGCUUGGCUCGAUCGAGCCACUCAUGCUCGAUGGGUCGAGCAGCCUUCAAGAGGUCCCAAACCUCGUGCCUUGCCUUCACUAAGACACCCCAAAUCAUCACCAUCAAUCACUUCAUCGAGUGAACCAAACUUUACCACUCCAUAUCCCAUGGUACACCCCACACCACUCUCAAGUGUGCAAGACAUGGCAUAAUCUAUGAGGUGCUCAAAGUCGACAUCAAUAUUGUGGAAAUUGGCUCUUGAUUCAACAUUAUGUAUUAUGUAGCAACAGAUAUAUAAACAAAGUACAGCUAAUUCAAUAACAUAAAACAAUCAUCCUUUAUUUUUACACAUAUUUCUUUAUAAACCAAUUUAAUUGAUAACUAUUGUAAUACAUAGUAGUGAUAAAAAUGGCUAAUACUCUCUCCGUACCACUAUAUAUAUCUUUAAUCUCUAAUGAGGACAAAUCAAUUAUUGCUAAAUUUACAUUUUAGGCUAUUGGUGAACUAAUCAAGAAAAAUGGAUAAAAGUGAGAAAAUUAGAGAAUUAUAUAGAUUAGAUGAAAAUAAAGUUGGCUUUGUGAAUGAAAAUAAAUGAAAAAGUAUAAAUUAUGACCAAAAAUAAAAAUGAAAUAAAUUUAAUAAAACAAACUAAAAAAAUCAAAUUAAAUUCAAUGUGCAAUUGCAGAAAAAAGGAAUAUCUUAAUUGAAGCACAUCAUUAGAUCAUCCAAAAAACAAGGCAUACCAUGAUAAAUAUGAAAUGAGCAACUCCCAUUAAACUUGUCUUAUUUUCUUUUUGAGAAGAAAUUUUCAAAUUGUGGCAAAAAACAAUCGGUAUUAGUUAUUACAAUGUUCAUUCAUGAACUUUUAAGAAUAAGAUUAACAAGAAAACGAUGAGUAGUAUAUGGAGUACAUUCCAUUGUUUAGUUUAGCCAGGAUCAGCGAGAUAAAUGGUGCCUAAUUACCUCUCAAGAUGAGCAAGGACAUCACAGAACCAAGAAAACGAUGCAUAAGCAUGGCCGUCGAUUAGCAUUUGUAAAGCGGUCUAUCGCACAAAACCCCAUUAUUAGAGAGACCCUAAAAAAUCCAUUUUUAUACAUAUUUAAUUUAUUGUAAAGUACCACGAUUUUAUCAUAUACUAGUAUUUUGGAUUUUUUUUCUUUAAAUUGUAAGGGUCUAUAACAUAACUUUAGCACAGGGCCCCAAAAUUUACGGGUGGUAUCUCAUCACUUAAAUAGACUAUAAAGAAGGACCCAUAUGUCAUCAGCAGCAAGUGACUUCACAAUGUGCAGCUGCGACAGAACCACAGCUCGAACGUCCCCAAAUCACCAAAAAGAAUUGACAGCCACCACUGUACAGCUUACUGCUUUUGGAAGAUGCUAAUGACAGUAUCUGAAUGAAAGAGGAGAAAAGUUUAAAUUAGGCCACAUUAUUCAGCACUUCAGAUAGAAAGCACUGAACAGGAAAAAAUCUACACGAUAGCAUAAUAAUCAUACGGAAAAAUAUUUAAACAAAGCAUUUCUUUCUGAAAUAUCUUGGGCAUAUUUUUCGCUGCUUAUUCCAACCUAAUUACUUGACAUCAGAACUAAAUGUUCUCUCAAUCAAACUCUCUAGUGACUACCUAUCUUAUUUAGUAUCUCAUCAUUUGGAGUGUUUCACUACUUGAAGGCUGAAGCCACAAGUGCCAACCACAAGAUUUUCUUACAUAUGGGGGGUUAUGAGGUUAGCUAGCUGGCGAGCAGAGCAGUGUAAUAGGUGCAGUACCUUCUGCCUGACAGUAAUAUCAUCAAUAAUACCCGACUUGAGCAUGGUUACGAUAUUUUCAAGAUAUUGCAGUACAUAUGCAAAAAAAUUCAGAAUAUAUAGAUACAUGAAUUAUAUCUCAUUAGGUUGAUCAGAUUCAUGCUUCUACAGCAGGUACUUGGCAAACUGUUGAACUCUACACUUGUUAAUCCUCCAAUUAUACUUCUAGUCAAGCCUCAAAUAAGUAAGAACGCAUCAAAUAUGAGAUCGCUGGUGUGACUGGAGUCGGUGAGAGCAAGAAGAGGAUAAGAAAGAAUUUUAGAAGUCUGACGAAUGAAAGAGAUGAAUUUUUUUAGGGAAUUUAGAGCCAUACUAUUGGUGUAUGACUCUAAGGUGAAAGUCAGAGAAAGAGUAUUUAAUAAAAAAAACUUUCAAAAAAUGUUCAAAAAAAAGAAAAUAUAAGUAGAAGCAAAGAACAGAGAGGGUUAUAGGGGCUGAAAAUAAAGAGGCAAUACAAACAGGGAAGUUAGUUGGCACAGAUGCUGUGAAUUUUGAAACUUCCUUUUUAAGAGCAUUUGUGCUAGAUUUUUUAUCCUUAUACUCGGAAAUUGGCAGAAGAAUUUAACCCUUCGCUUUCCUUAUAUCAUUUUAAUUUGAAAUGAUAAAUUGAUAAUAAAGGUUAUUUAUCAUAUUCAAUUCACAAUUAUCAAGCAUUUCACUCUCCAUUUCUCUUUAUUUGCCCAAUUUUGCUCUUUGCAUAAUUUUUUGAGAAAUGCAUAAAAACUACCCAUAAGUGACAGGAAUAUCUCUAAGGAAAAAUAACAUCAACACAAAAAAUUAAAAUAAACCUUAACCCUCUACUCCAUAAUACCCUUGCCCUUAACACUCAAAUGCUCAAUCCAACCUCAACCUUCAACUAACCAUAAACCUUUCCCCAUCCCAACCACCUAGAUAAACCACAAGCUGGAGUAAAGCAGGGCAAAGAGCAAUCAUAACAUGAGAGACAUAAUUCAAAUUGAGGAAAUAUAUAGACAACUUGGAGCGGAAAGUAUAGAAGACAAGAUACGUUGAUUUGCUUUGUUUCAUCUAGGCAACUCCAUAUUGUUGUGAUCAAGGUUUUGCAUUAUUAUAGUUGAGUUCUCCUUUUGACAAUGUUUUGAUGAUGCUUAUAAUCAUCAUAUGUAUAAAGUGAAAAAUAAUUGAAAAGAAAAGAAUCAAUAGGAUUGAAGAUGACAUUUAAACUGCUAUUUGAAGUCUAAUGUACAUACUAGACUAUGAAAUGGAGAAAUGAGUGUAAGCCAAAACCGAACUCAUUUGAAGUGGCAGAAUGAAUUAACAUGUAACAAUAAUGUUAAAACCUUAAUUCCAACAGUGUGGUACAAAGAUUCUGAACUGGGUCAAAUGUAAAAUGGGAUGCAAAAAGAGAUGUCAACAUAAUAAAUAGGCUUAUGGCCCAAUUCUAAAUUUGAUGGGUGGUAGAUAGCUCACUUUUAAAAAAUUGUUUCAAUCAACUAGCUCAACCCUAAGUUCCUUUCUCUUUACAGCGGUCCAGAAUGAGAUAAUUCGAUCGAUACAAAGAGACAUGUCUUGCUGCAUGUUGUUUGUUGAUAACAUAGUUUUUGUAGAUGAGACUAGGGACAAGGGAGGGAGCAUAUGCUAAGUUCAAAUGUUGAAGAAAAGAGUUGGAGUCUUGAGGAUUCAAAUUAAGUUGAAGCAAGACAGAGUAGAUGAAGUGUAACUUUAGCACAAACAAGAAAACAGAGACACAAAAAAGCUAGAAGAGAAGAUAUCAUUUCAAAUAGAUACUUCAAAUACACUAGGUUCAUAUUUUAGAGCAGUGGGGCAUCCAAUCUUAAAAGUGAUUACUUACCUUGGGUUCAAAUUACUAUAACUUUGAAGUGAUCACUUAUAAUCUCAAAGUGAUCAAUUAGAAAAAUAAGUUGAUGUAUGGGCCGGUCUCAUAGUGAUAAGGUCUCAUACUAGACUUGUUCUAUAAUUUGGAGUUCAUGAACAAUUUUGCUUGUGGCUUUUCCCUCAUUUUUUUGUGAAUGUUUUCCCCCUUCCCAUACUUAAAGCUUCAAUGAAAUCAAUUCUCCCCUUUGCUUAAAAUAAGUUGGAACUUACCCACACUAGUUAGCUAUCAAGUAAUAAGGUAGACUUUAACCUUAGCUACUUUUGGAAUUGAGGCUCUAACAUCAUCAAGAUAGCCAUUAACCCACAAAUAACAUGUAUUAACUACACAAAGGAACCAGGAAAGAUCACAUUUCACAAAAUCAAACACAAUUCAAAUAAACCCAACAGCAUAAAAUGGCAAAAAAUUCCCCAAAAAAAGCAACAGGAAUGAAAGAAAAACACCUUCAAUAGCCCAGAUAUUAUCACGUCAAGCAGCUACUUGAGCAUCAGCUGAGAAAGUGAAACAAGACUUUCAACCUAAGAAACUACAGCUUCAACAUCAAAUAUGUCAAUCCUCUUAAUUUCCUCCGAUUCAGGAUCAUAUAAAGUAUGC